AUGAGUGUAUGUCAAACAACUGAUACUGAAAAGAGUGUUAAUUCACCACAACCGCUUAGGCGGAAACGUAUAGGCACUCAGAGUCUUUCAUCUGGUUAUUCUUCUAUUUCGUUAUCACCCCCAUCUAAACUUCAACGUGUUCAAAAUCAUGUUAUGUCCCUUGAAUUCUGUGCACCCACUUGCCCUCUGCGUACAAAGUCACCUUCUCCAAAAAGAAAAGUGUGUGAAAUUCCUCAUCGGAAUACUCUUGAAAGUUGUGCUUCUGACAAUCUGUCAUCCACAAAGGAAUCCUAUAAACAGAAUCAAGCAAUUUUUUUCAAUCAUGAACUUAGUAGUCCUCUGUCUUCUCCUCAUCCAACUCCUACCACAGAAUUUGGCAAUGUUAAGGUUAAACUCUCAACAUCAUCAAAAAAUGUAUCACCAGAUGCAGAUGACAAUCCCGGUUGUACAGAAUUCUUCGAUGAAACUAACUCUAUUAACAGCAUUACUGAUAUACCUUCUAAACUGUCAGACUCUAACAACAUUAAUAACAUGAAGAAUGGCAGUGACAGAGAAAUAUCCGAGGCACUGAAGAGUAAUUCAGGUUAUCUUGUAAAAAUAUUUGAAAUUCUCAGCCGAUUGGGACACUGUUUGAACUGA